GGCAGCCCGCGGUGGUCAUGGCAGUAGGCGCGGCAUAAGACGAAACGAGUUCAUUCAUCUUCCUACGUUGCCGCGGCACUGACAGCGCGAUUAAGUCUAUGUUUCGUCCGCGUCUCACCGCGAAUAAAUAAAUAGUCAACGCAUUAUUAACUCUCGCUCAUUGCUGGUGUCAGUGUCAUAAAGGCAACACGCCUUCACACGAAAUAUUGACAUUAGUCAUCUGUGAUACAACGAUUAAUAAAUACCAUUUAGGUUAUAUUAAUCGGACACCGGCAGGGCGAUGAUCAGUGUAGCGUGAGGCAGACUAGAGUGCUUAGUGACUUAUCUAAAAACUUUCGAGAUGGAGUCCGCAACUUGGAACUACAAUUUGGAUACUACUCCGAAUUACUCAUAUAUUUUCGAUUUUGAGAGCGAGUUUAUCCAUCAGAAUUCAAGGAAAUGGAUGACGGAGAAUUGGACUGUGGCGUUUUACUACGUGGGGGUAUACAUGGCUAUAAUUUUCUUCGGGCAUCGCUACAUGCAGACUCGUCCCAGAUUCGAGCUGACACGGACGCUGAUCGUAUGGAACAGCGCGCUCGCGGCGUUCAGCAUCAUGGGCGCGUGCCGGACCCUGCCGGAGUUCAUCCAUGUGCUACGGAACUACGGGAUCUACCACUCCGUAUGUGUUCCCAGUUUCAUUGAGGCGGACAAAGUGUCCGGUUUCUGGACGUGGAUGUUCGUGCUCUCUAAAGUGCCCGAGCUGGGGGACACGGUGUUCAUAAUACUGCGCAAGAAGCCGCUCAUCUUCCUACACUGGUACCACCACAUCACCGUGCUGUUAUACUCUUGGUUCUCGUUCACCGAGUACACGUCCUCGGCGCGCUGGUUCGUCGUUAUGAACUAUUGUGUGCACAGCGUGAUGUACUCUUAUUACGCGCUGGUGAGCAUGGGCAAGUACCCGCCCAAGGCCCUCGCCAUGACCAUCACGGUCCUGCAGCUGACGCAGAUGAUCGUCGGCUGCGCCAUUAACGUGUAUGCCCACAACUACAUCACCAGCGCCACAGGCGCCUGCGGCAUCAGCCACUUCAACAUCAAACUCUCCAUGGCCAUGUAUUUCUCCUACUUCGUCCUCUUUGCCCGCUUCUUCUACAAAGCCUAUCUCUCUCCCAAACCGGGAAAGAAAGCCAAAUCGGAACCAGUCCAGAGUCAAGCUCCCAGCGCCAAGAAGAAUUACAACGAGUAUCCUCGGCAACGGAACGGAGUGGUUGGCGUCGCCCACUAGUCGUAGCGAGUUGUGAUAUGUGCUAGGUUAUUGUACAGUUCCCGUAUGGCUGUAAGGGUACCGAACGGAUCGGACGCGCCGGCUCGACCGCAACAUUCGUUGAGAGCGUGAUCAGUCUUUCGGAAUUCCAUUAUUUUCGGAACAAACAACUUUCAAAUGACGCUAACAAAACGUCAAACGCAUGUUGUGAAUAAUUUAAUAGGUGAUUAGGUUGAAUAAUGCUUCUAAUUAUUUGCUCAUUUUGGUGUUCGGUUUAGUUUCAUCUAGAUUAAUUGGAAAAUUAUUGAUGUGCUUCGGACGCAAUUACUAUAAUUAUUAAAUAGAAAUUCAAACAAUUCUUGUAAUAAUGAUGGCACAUGAUCAUCGCGACACCGACAUUAGUUAUAAGAGCAGUCGCGGUGAAAAAAAAUGUUUUAGAUGAAAAGUAGAUCAAUAACUGCGAAUGGUAGGCAAAAUGUAGGUAAUUUUUGAAGCUUGGUUGUUGCGUAGCGGCCGGCGGUCCACCGCCCGCGCCGGGCGCGCGAUACAUUCCGCUAGAUUGUACAGCCGGGCCUAAUGGCUUUGUCGGUAAACCUAACUUCUACCAGCAGAUAUUAUUAUCGAGAUGAAGCAAAUCUCAGUGUUUAAAAACACCCGGAUAUCUACCGGUCGACAUUAAAACAAGUUGAUCGAGAACAUAUUGACGUAAAGUAAAAAAAUAUAAGUCUAACAGGUUUUUUAUAAUCCAUUGUGGGCUGUUCUGUUGAUAGUCGAUCAGAUAGGAUUACCGACGGUGUCAUCUUCGUCUAUUGGCUUUAGUGUACGCUUCUGUGAGUAGUGACGCCCUCCCAGAGUGAACUGAUGCUUUUAAAUGGGUUCUUUUCUUUAUACCUUCUAGUAACUUUUUUAGACGCUUUUAUACGUGAAUUAGACACUAGGGCGACUGACUGUAAAAAUGAUGUAUUAAAACGUUAUACAUAGUGGCAUUUAAUGAAUAUCUGCCGUUGGAGAGUGUAUUUACGCCCGCUCUGUUAAACUUUAUAGCGACUUUUACCCCAAUAGUACGGUCUGCUGCUUUCUGACCCAUAUAAAAGCAGUAGUUUUUUGUUGUUGUUUAUCGUAUUUAUUACUUAAAGAAAACCGAGUGAUUUAAAGGUAAUUUAUUUGUAAAUGGGUUAUAUACCUCUACAUUUAGUAAGGUUAUGGUUUCGCUGUGUGACCGUUGUUGUCUAGGUUAGAUAACUUUGAAACGCUUGUCAAACAAGCGCACAAAGUGUAAGAUUACAAUUCCUGAUAGGGGAAUAAGCAAUAUUAAUGUUUGAUGAAAUUAACAGUGCUUUAGUGGAGGCUUAUGAAUUAGAUGGUCCAGUUCUAUAAGAGGUGUGAGUCGUGUAUAAAAUCAACCGCAUCGGUUUAAAAAAAGUAAAGAAAUUGAAGCGAUAUUAAUAUACUAUUUACGCAUGUUUUACGUGCGCUAUUUAUGAUUGCAUGAUCAAAACUAAACUCUGAGAACUGAACCAUCGACGUGAUCGUAUGCUAGCCACAAAUAAUUCCAAAUAAAAUAAAAUAAACUUCAAAUGUCUUUUGGCUUCGCCUUAGGAUUGCGGUAGCCAGUAAACGUCACUGAUUUGUGCCAUGUAAAGGUACUGAUGCUAGUGUAUAUAGCGCAACCGGAUGAAACAACUCUGCCACUUCUGGUCGAAAAAAAUAAAAUUUAAGUCUAACAACGGAACGAUCCAUUGUUUUAAGCUCGUACCAUAGAUCGAAUAGGUUUUGUAAGGAUGGAGCCGAAUCAGAUAGUUAUACGUAGAUUACGUAGUAACUGAGCACAUCGACUGAGCCGCAUUUUUAUAUCUGUUGGGUUCACGAAAUAAUUGGAACAUUUUGACGCAAGACAUUUGAUAGUUGUUCUUAAUUACCAAGACGAUUAUACCUAAAAAUAAAUACGGAUUUUUAUCCGGAUUCUAACAUCACAAAGAUGUUGUUAACAAUACAUAUUUGUUUGUAAAUAUGCUAAUAUAAUUCCAAGCCAAUGCUUAAGUAGGGCCGAGAUAAAUCACUAUAAUACAUAAUUUUUGUGAUCAGUGAGGUCUUUUAGUCCCAUCUCGAGACGGUUAUAUAGCUUUGUAUGAAUAUGGAAAUAUGCUUAGCAUGUGGCGUGUGGAAACAGCGUUCCGAAGGGUAGUGCUGUUGUGACCCGUGUGCGUGUCGAUUUUAUAAACUAUGUUAGGUUAGCAAGAUGUGAUGCUAACUUAGUCGCACACAAAUUAGUUCUUAAGCGUUACUAAAAGUCCAAAAUAGUUAGUCAUUUUACUAUUAGUGUUGGGAAUUCUGACAACUACGUACUUACAUUUGGUCAGACAAUGCCCUUUGAACUAUACCUGAUUAGUGCAAAAUAUUAGAGUUAAAAUGCUAAGGCUCGUAAUCUUUAUACUGAGAUCUGUUGUUUUAUCACUUCUUUAAGGGCGCAGUAAAUCUGAGACAGACUUGGAAUAAGUUUUAGUCAAUUUACUACACACCCGCCCUCGGGCCGUUAGACCAAAUGUAAGGAUCAUACCAUAGACCCUGUGUCAGUGAUAUAAUAUAAUGUUCGCGUCAAGUACAUACUAACGAAAAAUUGUAUUUUGAAUUUAAAUAUCGUUGUUGAUAUUUCCCCUGACAUCUUACAGUUUUAGACGAGUUUAAAAUGAUACUGGAUCGCUGUCAAAGAGAACGAAGACCACAAAUUUUACCUCUAAAUAGAUAUACUCUGAUAUUGGUAUCUUAUUGGACGCAAAAACAUGAGAUAAGCUAAACAUGUAAUACAUAGAUGUAACCGUUUUUGGUCUUCUUCUUUUCAUUGAGCGGGUCCAGUUCUACAAUAAUUUUAGAUUUAGAUUAGAAAAUGUAUUCCCUAAAAUGACUUAAAGUUUGGUUAGCCAGUGGACAAUCAUAGUAGUGUUAGGCCAGGUCAAUUUCGUCUAGUUCCACUAUAGAAGUCACAAUUACAUGCUAAGUUCAUAAAAGAUUAUAUUUUGCAGAUAGGCUGUUAUUUUCAUUGUCCAGUCCAUUGUUUUAUUUAUGGAUAGGUGGGUUUAGACAUUAUUUAGACAUAAUAUAAUAUAUGAUAAGUAAGAUUUUUUUUUUUUUGUUACUUAUGUAUUUUUUUAUUACAAAGCAUAAUAUGAAUUUACGAACCUUGUUCUUGGUGUAUUUUCAUUAAAAUAGGUAGUGGAUUUUGUGAUGCUUAUUAUUUGUUUUAUGACAGUUUUUUUUUAUCUUUUUAACUGCCUUGAUAAACGAAUCAUGUCAUUUUCAAGUUUAUGCUGUGAUCAGAAAAAAAUGCCACGGCAAAACGUUGUAUAUACAAAAUCAAUAGAAUUAGGUACUUACGUUAUAUUUUGAUUCUAUUCACUUUCUUAAGUUGAUAUUGGUGCCCAUACUUAAUAACCUGAUGACAUGCAAAUUUCAACAAACCUUGACGUUUGGACGUAAUUUCAUAUUGUACCAAUUAAUCAGUACAAAAACAAAACAGUCUAAUUGGGCUGGGUAAAUAAAUAUUAUUACGUACUAAGAAUAACUUUCUGGUUCAGGUAAGCGUUGAUUUAGCACGCUCGUCAAUGUAUUUUUUAUUGAAAAAUCUAUAAGAAGAAUCCAGCCAUUAUGUCUUGGUCUGGACGUGUUGGCCACAUGGAGGGUCAAAUUUAAUUAUUUGCGUUUUCUUGUCCAUGUACCUACAUCCAAUGCUACCAUCACAUGAAAGCGUUAUACGCUUGCACUAUUUAAAAAUUCGAAAAGAUUUUUAAUAAUAUAAAAAAAUUGUACCUAUUGAUCGAAGGGUUUCGACUAUGUAACCGAAUAUUUCAUAUUGUAUACCGAAUGAAUAAUCAAUAUUCAGUAAAGACAUUGUCAAAAACAUUUAGCAUUUACUUAUUUUAUUUAUAUACAUGUAUAUAUAUGCGUAUUUUUCUCGCAUUUACAAAUGCUGUUGUUGUUCUGCCUAGAAUGGACUAGCGGUUACAGUUCCAUAGUACUCAAUAAAAUAUUUUAAAAUAUAUUUUUGUGAAUGUUUUGUGGUUACAAUUCUGGAGAAAAUAAUAUUGUCAGAUGUGCAUCUUAAUAUAAAGAAUAUGGAAUUAUUCUUACAAUCAUUCAUUUGUAUUUUCUGGGCGAAUAAAGCGUUAGUGCAUUAACA